UACUGGUAAUAAACUGCUUGUUUUACAGAAUAUCUCUUUGUUUAUAAAUCAGUCAGUGAUUAAGAAUAUGUUUUGUGUUUCAGUGUAAAUGUCUUUGAUAUCUGUCAUGAUUUGUUUGUCUCUCUCUCUGUCUCUUUUUUUUUUCAGUCAGUGUGUAUUGCUGUGUGUGAUAAUGCAGCCCGUACAGAUGCUGGAGGUCCCAGGAUUCAGACAGAGGCUGCUGGAGGCUUUAAGUCUGGGCAGACGGCAGCAGUAUCAUCUCCCCCACCUUCAUCACGAGCAGAAGGAGGAGCCGAAAGCCAACGUCCCCUGGGGCCGCUCCCCCUCCCGCACCGGCUCCAUCCGCAGAGUGGAGGAUGAGCGGGGGGAUGGAUGCAGCGAGUGCGAGAGCGACCUGCUCUAUCUCUCUUUCGUCACAGCGUCAUCUUCUAUUCCUUGCGUCGUCUCGUCAUCUGACGGCGAGAGCGCGUCGUCGGGGGCGACCGGCCGUUCGCGCAGACGUAAACGCAAGCACUGGAGCGGCCAUGCCUUGAACGAGCUCCUGAUCAUGGGAAAUCAAGACGGAAAGCUCAAGCGCUCGGCCGGGGGGGAUGCGGGAGGCGCGGCCGAGGAGUGCGGAGCUCUCCGUGAGAAUAAUGGCACAAAGAAAUUCCAUGGGAAGAAAUCCCACAACAAACACGGUGAGGGAGGAAAAAAGAAAAACAAAUCGGACUCCAAAUCUGUUUUUCCUCACAUACGGAAGCGUAAGAACCAAGGAAAGGGGAAGGGGUUUUUGGGAGGCUCUAAAGAGGAUGCAUUAGAUUCCCAGCACGAUGAACUUGACAGCGUUCCUUCUUUAUGCAACAAAACGCCGGAUCUCUCUGGAGAUGAGCUCGGCCAGUCGGACGCGGAGGCAGAGAGGCCUCGUUUGUUGGCAGACAGCAGGCAGACCACGCUGGAUGCUGCCGACGGCCCCGAGGAAGAGGAGAGAAAGGUGGUGAGCUCCGGAUCAGAUACGGAUAUGUACAGUUUCCACUCGGCUACAGAGCAGGAAGAUUUGCUGGCCGAUAUUCAGCAAGCCAUCCGUCUCAAGCAGAGUGUGAUUCUGAACAGUGUCAUCGACCUCCCAGAGGAAAAGGAUUGUAAACAAACCGGCUGCGGUGAUGUUAACAGCACUCCUACCCCCGACUCUGAGCCCUUCACCGUGCUGGAGGCGCUUCCCAAACGAGAGAACGGUCACAUCAGCAGCCUGCUCCCCCCUCAGCAGCCCACUGUCAAAGAGGAGACAGACGCUUUUGGAGAACCUCUCCCCUCGGAUGGGGCCCUUUGUGCCUCGAUCGCCGUGGUGACUGUGACAAAAGAGCCAGAGGCAGUGAGCGAGCCCCCCGCCCCUCUGCCCGUGGCCACGAGCCCCGUUACCAAGACAACCAGCACCACCAGCUUCCCGGAUCUGACAGCUUCCUUUGAAAGUGCUACAGAGGCCAUCGAAGAGGAAAAUGUUGACGUUUCUCCCAGAGACGCCCCUAGCACUGACACGUUAUCCGGCGGCAAUGAUCUCGGGUCCGCGGGCUCUCUGGAGUGCGUCACCGCCAUUGAACUUGCAUCAGAACCGCCCGAGGAGGAAGCUCCGGACACCCAGAGACGCAAAAGCAGCGUCACGUUCUCGCAGUGGGCGCAGCCGGAGAGUCCGCUGGCCACGCGGCUCCUAAAGUCCGCGCUGACGUCCUGCGCCACCACCUGUAAUUCGGUCAAGCCGUACCCACCCAUCAGCACGUCUUACAUCAAAACCACCACCCGUCAACUCAGCUCGCCCUCUUGCUCGCCAGGACCGUCUCCCUCUCACAGCCCGCUGUUCGCACGGAGAGGCCACGGAGACUCCUCGGCGACGGUCGCCAGGGCAGAUAGGAGACGAGUGAAGCGACAGCGAUCGUACAGCAUCACCGGGCCCAUCAGCCGAUCGGCAGACUGGACGGAGGAGCUUCGUACGCUCCCUCCUAAAGCAGCGGGUUCAGCUGAUUACCUGGAGUACGGUGGAUCCGAUGGGGCGCUCAGGACGGGCAGCGCGACACAGAAGACAACAGGAGCUCAAGCUUCCACCUGCGGCUUUCACGAGGUCUUUACAGGUCGGACGUUAUUGGAGAAGUUUUUCCAGCAGCAGGAUUCCAGUGAACCUGAGGAAGCGGAGAGACUUUGCUCCAGGAUUCUGGCGAUGGGUUUGUUGCUUCCGUUCAGUGAUUGUUUCAGAGAGCCGUACGACAGCAGCGGACAUCUCGCACCUAAGUUUGACCAUGAUCAGUUAUACACAUGGGCAGCAGUGAGUCAGCCGCCUCAGUCAUUGGAGCGUUUGGAGGUCCAUUUACCCGAUCACCUCUCGAGCCUGUGGCACCCAGCCAGACCGGAAGAGAAAGACAAACCUGAAGCCAAAUACACAGAGGCUGAGCAUCAGGCUGUCGUUUCAGACUUAAAAAAACAACAAGAUGAAGAAAUCCGGCAAAUUGAGGAGGAGUCUGUGCUGAAGACGGUGCGUUUGAAACAUGAACAUGUCUGUGUGAUCGAGCAGUUGGAGCAAACCAUUGAAGACUUGCGCUGUAAAAUCGCUGAGCUGGAGAAACAGCAGCCCUUGCUGGAGCGAGAGAUCAUCACACAAGAUCAGGAGUGCGGCGGUGAGGAAGAUCUCGUUCCAGACGUCUGCCAUGUGGACUUACAGACCGAAACCCUGGCACUCCUGGCGCUGGAGGCCAAAUCAGUGCAGACGUCUCCUAUGGAGGAGAGCUUCAGGUUUAAAGUGCCUUCUCUGGAGCAGAGCCCUGCGGAGCUCCUGCUGCCCAGGCGGAGCGAGCCUUUACUGGCCUCAGAAACGACAUCAGACCCCGAUCGGGCCGUACCUGCUUUUGUGUGUGUGUGCCAAAAGCAGCAGGGCAGUUUAUUGCCUCCACCUCCACUGCCAAGCAGUUUUUUGCCUCUUCCAGGGGAGACCGUUCCUCCACCUCCUCCUCUCCCUUCAAUGCUAGCGCCUCCUCCACCUCCUCCGCUCCCAGGUGGCCCAUUGCCACCACCACCUCCUCUUCCUUUAUUGACUGUGCCUCCUCCACCUCCUCCACUCCCAGGUAGUUCAUUGCCACCACCGCCACCUCCUCUUCCUUUAAUGACUGCUCCUCCUCCACCUCCUCCACUCCCAGGUGGUUCAUUGCCACCACCGCCACCUCCUCUUCCUUUAAUGACUGCUCCUCCUCCACCUCCUCCACUCCCAGGUGGUUCAUUGCCACCACCGCCACCUCCCCUCCCUUCAAUGUCUGUUCCCCCUCCACCUCCUCCGCUCCCAGGAAGUUCGUUGCCGCCACCUCCACCUCCUCUACCUGGUCUGUCUGCACCCCCCUCUCACCCUGCCGCAGUGUCAGCGCCUCCUCCACCUCCUCCUCCACCACCCCCUCCGGGUCAUUCUGGUCCGUCGUCUGGGGCCUGUGGUCCUCCUCUGUCCUUUGGCUUGGGCUCUUUGCCGCCUCCUCUGCCUCUGGGGUUGUACGCACUGGGAGCAGCACACGAGAAACCGCCUCGCAAAAAUGUGGUAGAACCUCCGAGACCCAUGAAACCGCUCUACUGGACCCGGAUACAGCUUCACACCAAAAAAGAUUCUGCUUCUCUUGUUUGGGAGAAGAUCGAUGAGCCAUCUGUGGAUUUUCAGGAAUUUGUUGAUAUGUUCUCCAAAACAGCAGUGAAGGAAAAGAAGAAACCUCUUUCAGACACAAUCAGCCGGUCAAAGACCAAACAGGUGGUAAAGCUGCUCAAUACAAAGCGUUCUCAGGCUGUCGGGAUUCUGAUGUCCAGUUUACAUCUCGACAUGAAAGACAUUCAGCACGCGAUCCUGAAUCUGGACAACACGGUGGUGGAUCUGGAGACAUUACAGGCGCUCUAUGAGAACAGAGCUCAGCAGGAUGAACUGGACAAAAUAGACAAACACAUUAAAUCCUCAAAAGAUAAAGAUGGCAGCAAACCUCUGGACAAACCUGAACAAUUCCUCCAUCAGCUCCAUCAGAUUCCUGAUUUCUCGGGUCGAGUCUUCUGUAUUCUCUUUCAGUCCACCUUCACUGAAUGCAUCUCAUCGGUUCAGCGCAAACUCCAGAUUCUUCAGAGGAUUUGCAAGACUCUUCAGGGUUCCUCGGGUGUUCAGCAGCUGCUUGGUUUAGUUUUGGCUUUUGGGAAUUACAUGAAUGGAGGAAACCGGACCAGAGGUCAAGCAGACGGAUUCACGCUGGACAUUCUGCCCAAACUGAAGGACGUUAAGAGCAGCGACAACAGUAAAAGUUUGCUGAUUUAUAUUGUGUCUUAUUACCUGAGACACUUUGAUGAGGACGCUGGCAGGGAGUCGUGUGUGUUUCCUCUUCCAGAACCUCAUGACCUGUUUCUGGCGUCUCAGAUCAAGUUUGAGGACCUCAAUAAAGAUUUACUGAAGCUCAAGAAAGAUCUGCGAGUUUGUACUUCAGAAGUACAGAAGGUUUGUUUGAGUACCACAGAUGAACACCUGCAACCCUUCAAAGAUAAAAUGGAGAGUUUUGUAAGUGAAGCAAAAACCGAGCUGGAAACUGAAGAGAUGAAACUCGGUGACACUCACAAAGUGUUUCUGGAGUUGUGUUCGUUCUUCUCUGUGAAGGCCAAGGGCGGUGAGAAAGAAGUUUCACCAAACACCUUCUUCUCUAUCUGGCACGAGUUCUCCACCGAUUUCAAAGACGCUUGGAAAAAGGAGAACAAGGUUAUUUUACAGGAGAGACUAAAAGCCGCAGAAGAAAGUUUCAGACAGGUGAAGGAGAAAGCAACAUACAGCAUCAAACCCAAACACGCAUCUGGAAUCAAAGCAAAGUUGGGUAUGAAGAUUUAAGACUUGUGGAUGAAUGAUCUCAAAAACCCUUGCUGACUUUUAAAGACUCGAGCGCACACACAAACACACAGCAGACAUCACUUCACUGUUGCUUUGGUCAUCUAUGAUAUGAACGCAGUUUACCCUCUUUGACUGUGAUGUCAUAUCCUGUGUGACGACCUCACACAACAUUGACAUUAAAGUUCACUGGACGUACUGGAGGUCUUGAAGCAAUAUCAUCAAAAAAGUUUCAACUUUAUUUUUAAUAGAUGAGGAUAAAAGGAAGAAGAGAAAGUCUGUGUGUGAUAUGAAGUUCAUCCGUCUGCUUUUUAAACAUCAGCACAUGGUUUUCACUGAAUUGAGUCCUGUAGCCUUGACCUUAACAUCUUAAAAGCACACUACAGGACCUGAAAGAGACACUUCAGCAUGUAGAAUAUGAGGAGGAAGAAGAAGAAACAGCUGGUGAUCGUGUCUCUCGCUCAUUUAAUUCAUCAUCAAGGUUUUUUCUUAUCUCACUGCAUUGACACACAGUUUGACAAAAUGUAUUUAAAUGUAAUUUUAAUUAAUGUAAAUGAUAUUAACAUCUUUAUGUAGCAUUCUUGUUUGUUUUUAGCAUGUUUGUGUUGGACGUCUGGAUGAAGGACUGAUGUCUGCUCUCUAUGUGCAAUAACUGUUUGUAUGUUUGAUGGUUUUGAGAAGUGUAAUUUAUGUAAAAUA